GAAGCCACUCUUAAGUGUCAGUCUGAAGACUGCACUCAGUGAUAACAGUGCUAGAGGAGGGGAAAAAAUCAGUGUGCACUGGGGUGAUUGCGGAAGACUAAAGGAGGUGAGCUAGAGAAAAUUUGAGUAUUACAGGUUUCCUCCACUAUCUGAAAGUAGGGUGUUCCUAUGAAACCUUUCCGAAGCCGAAAUGGUGGAAAGAAGCAAUUACUUUAAGACACAUCUUGCUAAUGGACGCACAAAAUAAAUCGAGAUAAAGCACAGAUGCUCACAGACACAGUUCAAAGCUAUGGACGCUUGAUGCUGAGUGAAGUUCCUGGGGAAGAAGCUUGGCAGUGCCACUCUAGCAGCCCUGGGAACCUGUUACGUUCAAGGCUGUGGCCGUGGACUUCACCGAGGAGGAGUGGGGGCAGCUGGACCCCGCACAAAGGGCCCUGUACAAAGAGGUGAUGCUGGAGAUCUAUGGCAACCUGGUCUUAGUGGGAAAGAAACUUUAUGACUGUGCCGAGUGUGGCAAGAGCUUCAGUCAGAGCACAGACCUUCACAUCCACCAGAGCGUCCACACGAGAGAGAAACCUUUCGUGUGUGAUACAUGUGGCAAAGGCUUCAGUUAUAACACGAAUCUUCGCGUGCAUCAGAGGGUCCACACAGGAGAGAAACCUUUUAAGUGCGAGGAGUGUGGCAAGGGCUUCCAUCAGAGCCCCAACCUUCGCAUCCACUGGAGAGUCCACACUGGAGCAAAGCUGUACAAAUGUGAGAAGUGUUGUGAGAGCUUCAGACAGAACGUAGACCUCCAAGAGCAUCAGAGGGCCCACACAAGAGAAACCAUUUCAAUGUGAAACCCUUAAAGCACAAGCUUCUGUGCUCAUCAGAAAGUCCACACAGGAGAGAAACCUGUAGGUGUGAGGAGUGUGGGAAGGAUUUCG